AUGGAUCUCCCACCAUCCAACAACCCGAACCACCCUUCAAACCAACUCCACGAUGCCGCCUAUCCCAUGUCCGAUUACCAACCCCAGAACAUAACCCCCCUCAAGGUCCGCCAACCCUACAAAGUCAGCCAACGUAAGCAGCAGCUCAGCACCGAUGCCCCCGACAGCAGCCUAUCAUCCCGCGAGGCCGUCAACGGCAAGCCGCCCAUCUAA